UUCAUACCGAGGAUCGCAAUCCGAUUGGCUGAUUCCUACCGGUUCAAACUUCAUAUUGGUGUCGUUCCUCGAUUACAAAUUCAAAUCCACGUCAAUCCUCUUUCUUCUUCUUCUUCUUCUUCUUCUCUCUCUAUCGCUAUUUGGCCGCUGUCUCCGCUGAAUUCUCUCCCUCCCUGAAUCCUAACCACCGCCAUGAGCGAGAAUCAGAAUCCCCCUCUUCAGCACGGUGAUCAACCCCCCAUUAAAGCAGCUCCUUCUCCAUCUCCUUCAGCAGAAUCCAAGGCUCCCGACUACGCCCCUUACCCGAAGCUCGACCCUAAAGACGUCGCGCCCCCUUCCGAGAAUUGGGCAGACGUUUCCAUGUCCGGUGGCUCCGUUGCUGCUGCUCCUCCGCCGCCGCCGCCGUCGGAAGCGUCUCGCUCUGCUCCUCCCGGUCCUACUCCCACCCUCGGCGGCGACGCUGCUACUACCCUGCCGGCCGAGUCCAAUCCUUACGUCUCCCCUGCUCCCGCCUCCAAGAACAAGAUGGAUGCGGUGAAAGACGUGCUAGGAAAAUGGGGGAAGAAGGCGGCUGAGGCGACCAAGAUGGCCGAGGAUCUUGCUGGCAACGUCUGGCAACACCUGAAGACGGGGCCUAGCUUUGCUGAUGCUGCCGUGGGAAGGAUAGCUCAAUCCACCAAGGUGCUUGCAGAGGGUGGAUACGAGAAGGUUGUUAUCCCAUUGCACCAACUGAAGGCUGUUAAUCCAUCAAUUAGCAAGAUCAACUCAUCCGAGAAGUACAUCCAGAUAAUCUCUAUCGACAACCACGAGUUUUGGUUGAUGGGUUUUGUAAACUAUGAGAGUGCAGUGAAAAAUCUUCAAGCAGCCGUCCCUCAUCCCGUCUAGAUCGCCAGACCAGCUAGCAAAAGCUCCACGGGGAGUCAAUCAGACGAUCAUGGAAAAAUGUUUCUGUAGAAGAUAUAUAGGUGAAAAGAACCCCAUGUACAUUUUUCUUAAAACAUUUAUUUGGUUCUCACCGUUUCUUUCACCCUUACUGCCUUUUACAUAUUCCUUGGUUUCGAACUCUGGAUUGUAAAUGAUUCUUGUGCUAUGUUGCGUAGGGACGUGUUUUCAGUUUUAAGGGCACCUUUUUUUUCGCCUCCCACUUUUGUCUUCGCAGAAGAUUGGUCUAGUUUAC